AUGAGUUACUACAACCAACAACAACCGCCCGUCGGCGUUCCUCCGCCGCAAGGUUAUCCGCAGCAAGAGUCUUAUGGAAAAGACGCUUACCCUCCGCCGGGGUAUCCGCCGCAAGGCUACCCUCCACAACAGGGCUAUCCACCGCAAGGAUAUCCACAGCAAGGCUAUCCACCGCAAUAUGCUCCUCAGUAUGCUCAGCCUCCACCUCAACAACAGCAAAAUUCAUCCGGUGCUGGUUGCUUGGAAGGCUGUUUGGCUGCUCUCUGCUGCUGCUGUCUCUUGGAUGCGUGCUUUUGA